AUGGCUCAGCUCAAAAAACCCCCUCAGCUCUCGCGCCUAGAGUCCCUCCCAGUAGAGAUUCUCCAAACAAUAUUCCUCUACAGUCUUGAAAUCAACCUCCCACGAGCCUCAUUCAGCAUCAGCGGCGCCCUCUCAAAUCCACUCCUCUACACAUGGCUCACUCGCCUAGCAUUCAGUUCUCUAAACCAAAGCUCGCGCCACGGCUUCUUCACCCCGGAGUUUCUACCCCCACCACUUAAUAUAGGGGAUGUCACCUGGGACCAACGACAACAUCUUCAAACCGUACUCCUAACAUGUCGCUGGUGUACACUUGAAUUUAUGCGAAAAUGCCAACGCGAAUAUGUCGAACAUGCUAUAAAGCAGAAAUGCGCAGAUCUUGUUUUCUCUCCCCAAGACAAGGCAAUACUCGAGAAUCUAGAACCUCAUUUCGCAGAGCUCAAAUACUGUGAUCAUGCGGAGAAAGGUCGUCGAGGAAAAGGAGAUCUGGUUAUUCCAGCUACACGUCAAAAACCUGAAAAUCACGAUGAAAAUGAUAAGACGCAAAAACAACCAAGUUCAAAUUCCACUUCCGAUAAACCUGAACAUCAAGAUCAACCUCCGUCACGAUCAAGUUCGCGAAGUUCUGAUCACAAGGUAGCCAUAUGGUUCCAUUUCGGCGCUGUGCAGAUCCGUGAACAAAACGAGGUAUAUUUCGAGAAAGACCUAUUUCGGUUUCCGUGCUCUAUCCCCGUCUGCCCGGGGCGAAUACCUGAUAAACUUCUUCGAGAGCCGUGGUCAGAAUCUCAGUUCGAGUUUCUGGAUCUUCUGUCAGGAGACUUUUAUCUAGAUGAAGAUGAUUAUAUGGCCGAGCGCUCGGAUGAGAUAACGAGCAUGUUGAUUCGCACUCGGCAAGAUUUGGCGUUUGAACGGUUGAUGUCUAUGUCGUUUCGAGCUGCGAAUUGUCGGAUUCGGACUCCGUGGCGGUUGAAAUCAGAUCAUCUUAAGCUUAUUAUUGAGUGCUCGCACCUUUAUUAUGGUCGGGAGCCGGGGACGGGGCCAGAUCCGUUCGGUAUCUCAGACUCAUUUGCUGUGGCUGCUUUGGAGUAUCAGAGGAACAAGGGGGUUACUUUGCCAUGGGAUGGGGAGAAGGAGCUGUUGAAGCUUAUAUUGCGGUGA